AUGAUACGUCAGAGGUUUCAAACGGCACAAAAUCGACAAAAGAGCUAUACUGAUCAUCGGAGGAAGAAUUUGGAGUUUGAGAUAGGGGAUAAGGUGUUUCUUAGAGUUACUCCCUUGAAAGGAAAGAUUAAAGCAAGAAAGGAGAAGAAAUUGCAACCAAGAUACAUAGGACCUUUUAGUAUACUCCAACGGAUAGGAAAGGUGGCUUAUCGAUUAGAGUUACCAGGUAGUUUAUCUCGAAUCCAUGAUGUUUUUCAUGUUUCUUUGCUUAAAAAAUAUCACCCGGAUCCGACUCAUGUUUUGUCACCGGAAGAUAUUGAACUGGACGAGUCUUUAACAUACAAAGAACGACCCAUUCGAGUAUUAGAUUGGAAGGUGAAGGACUUGAGAAAUAAGCAAAUUCCACUGGUUAAGGUUCUAUGGAGACAUCAUGAGGUGGAGGAAGUAACCUGGGAGUUGGAGAAGGACAUGCGAGAAAAGUAUCUUGAGCUAUUUGCAAAUAAAGCCUUGAUUAUGGUUGUAUACCUAGUAAUUGAUGGUAUUGAGCUAGUAAUUGAUGGUUUUGAUGAGAUAGUACUUGAUAGUAUUGAGCUAGGAUAUGAAUUUGUAGAGUAG